GGGUGGCCGCCAUGUCGGCCUCCGCCUUCGCCCUGAUCCUGACAAAGCCAGAGACCGUGGACCGGAGGAGGAGUGCGGGGUCGGCCGAACAGGCCGGGUGUCCCCCGGAGAUGGCUGUGUCGGAGCCCGGGGCCAGCGCCGCGGGAUCAGUAACAUUCAAAGAUGUGACUAUGGCCUUUACCAAGAAGGAAUGGGAGCAACUAGAUCCUGCUCAGAAGAGCCUGUACAAGGAUGUGAUGCUGGAGAAUUACAGCAACCUAGCCUCAAUGGGGUAUCAAGCUCUCAAACCAGACAUGAUAUGCAAAUUGGAAAAAGGAGAAGAGCCAUGGCUGGGGAAGGGGAAAAGACCCAAACAAGAAGAAGUCCAGCAAGAUGAUCAUCAGCUAGAGAACCAACAGGAAUCUCAAAACAAAGUCCUUAGGGAAGUUGCAUUCAAGAAAACAACCCUGACUAAGAAAAAGGGCCAUGAAUGUAGUUCAUUGGGGGAAAAAAAUGUGAGUACAAAACAUGUUCCUUCAAGAAAACAGCUUCUUAAAUUUGAUUCACAUGGAAAGAAUUUAGAUUUACCUGGUGACCUAAGAAACUAUGCAGAAAAGAAACCUCACAUAGCUAAAGAGCAUAGGAAAUCAUUCAGCCAUAGCUUAUCUGAUACAAAGAAAGACAAAAAUCAAACUGGAAAAAAAUGUGAGAAAUUAUCCAACCAUAGCUCACCUGAUAGGCCUGAGAAAACUCAAACUGGCAAGAAACAUACUAAACGGGACAAAAUUCAAACUGGAGAAAAACAUGAGAAAUCAUCCAGCUGCAGCUCAUCUCUUACUAAGUGUGACAAAAUUCAGAAUAAAGUGAAACUGUAUGAAUGUAAUGAAUGUGGGAAGGUUCUCAGCCAUAAACAAGGACUCGUUGACCAUCAAAGAAUUCACACAGGGGAGAAACCAUAUGAAUGUAAUGAAUGUGGGAUAGCCUUUAGCCAAAAAUCACACCUUGUUGUACACCAGAGAACUCACACUGGAGAAAAACCAUAUGAGUGUAUUCAGUGUGGCAAAGCCCAUGGUCAUAAACAUGCCCUCACUGACCAUCUGAGAGUUCAUACUGGGGAGAAGCCCUAUGAAUGUACUGAAUGUGGGAAAACUUUCAGACAUAGCUCAAACCUUAUUCAACAUGUGAGAUCUCACACAGGCGAGAAGCCCUAUGAAUGUAAGGAAUGUGGAAAGUCCUUUAGGUAUAACUCAUCUCUUACUGAACAUGUGAGAACUCAUACAGGGGAGAUACCAUAUGAAUGUAAUGAAUGUGGAAAAGCCUUUAAGUAUAGCUCAUCCCUUACUAAACAUAUGAGAAUUCAUACAGGUGAGAAACCCUUUCAAUGCAAUGAAUGUGGGAAAGCUUUCAACAAGAAGUCACACCUCAUUAUACAUCAAAGAACUCAUACUAAAGAGAAACCAUAUAAAUGUAAUGAAUGUGGAAAAGUCUUUGGACAUAGCUCAUCUCUUACUUACCAUAUGAGAACUCAUACAGGUGAAAGUCCAUUUGAGUGCAAUCAGUGUGGGAAGGCCUUCAAACAAAUUGAAGGUCUUACUCAACAUCAGAGAGUUCAUACUGGGGAAAAGCCCUAUGAAUGUAAUGAAUGUGGGAAAGCCUUUAGCCAAAAGUCACACCUCAUUGUACAUCAGAGAACUCAUACUGGGGAGAAACCCUAUGAAUGUAAUGAAUGUGGGAAAGCCUUCAAUGCAAAGUCACAACUUGUUAUACACCAGAGAUCCCACACUGGAGAGAAACCUUAUGAAUGUAACAAAUGUGGAAAAGCCUUCAAACAAAAUGCAUCCCUUACCAAACAUAUGAAAACUCAUUCAGAAGAGAAAUCUCAUGAAUGAAAGUAGUGUGGGAAAUCUGAACUGAAGGUUUUAUUUAAUUUUAGAAAUAUUCUGAAUUUAAAGUAUGUUAGAAAGCCUUUAACAAGAAGUCACACCUCAUUACACAUGAGAGAAUUUGGAAAUGAAUCUUCACAUAGAAGAAAUGGAUGGAAAGUUUAAGCUUGAUACUAAACCUUUUAUAUAAAAUAUUGUUUUAAAAAUAAUUAUUAUAAAUGAUCUAUAUAUUUGGAUUGAAAUAUAAAGCUUUUAAAAUUGUUAAUAAAUUGAAUAAUCAGAGCACUAGAGAAACAAAUUACAUAUUCUGGACAAUUCCUGAGUUGCUGAGUGUUGUGUACUUAAGCACCACAUGUGAGAAUUGAAUUUGCAUAUUUGUUUAUUGCCAUGUAUAAAUGUGUGUGACCAUUGGUAUGAAUUUCAUCUUUGAUGCUAUCACAUGGCUCUUUCUUAAUGUCUUUGCUAGCCUCUGCAUCAGCAGAAAACUUUAUAAAAGGGUUAUUAUUUAUGUAAAAAUGUUAACACAAAAUUAAGAGAAAAUGAAGGAAAUCAGCUGAGGACACACAGGUGCUGGUAGGGAAUGCUAUCCGAGAUAUAUUGUUGAGUGAAAAAAGCAGGUUUCUCAACUGUGUAUAUAGCUUGUUCCCACUUGUGUACAAAAGGGUGUGUGUGUGUUUGCCUGUGUGUGUGUGUGUGUAAUGUAUGUGAAUAGAUUGGCUUGAAAAAAUACAGAAGAAACUUAGUGGUUGCCAUUGGGCACCAGAAUAUAGGAAUGGGGUCUGGGAUAGGAGAGAGACGUCUUUUUUUUUUUUAAGCUCUUUAUUGGAAUAUAAUUGCUUUACACUCUUGUACCAGCUUUUGAGGUACACCAAAGUGAAUCUGCUGUAUUUAUACAUAUAUCCCCAUAUGAGACCUCCUUUUUAUUGUAUACUGUUUAAAUUUUUAAGUCAUGUACAUAUAUUAUUUUCACAAUUAAAAUCCUUUUAAUAUGUAUAAAUCAACACGAAUGAAAGUUUUCACUGAACCCACUCCAUGAUGUUAUUUGACAAAGUUAAAUUUCUAUGUUUAUUCAUGAGUGAGGAUAUGGUAUUAAAUUUGAUAUUGAAUUCACAAAGGCUUUUUCUAUCAAACAUAUUCUUUCAUUAAAAUAAUGAAUCACAA